AUGCCGGUUUUACUAGCGCUGAAAUUGAUAUCCUCCACAAUACUACAUUACGUGAUAUAAUCCUUCGAAAUACACCCGCUGGUACUUCCCUUCCACAAAACCUUUGGUUUGUUCAGCCAAGACCCGAUUUAAAUAUCAACAAUGUUACUGAUGGUCAAAAUGACGGAUAUUCACCUUUGAAUGUGUUACUGUUAUCUAACGUAUAUAAAAUUAAAUGGAAGGUUAUUAAUGAAGAUAUUUACUUAAAAAUGACAAUGUUGAGUGAUAAUGCGUGGUUUGGAAUCGGUUUUAACUCGUUAGAUGGUGGGAUGGUUGGUACCGAUUUUUUAAUCGUUAACACCAUUAACUCGUCUAGCGUAAGCGCUGGUAAUUAUCAUUCUGAUGGAUAUCGUCCUCCGAUAAAAGAUGAUAAUCAAUUUGUGCAAGUGAUCAGUUAUAAUAUUUCGAAAGAGCUCACCCAGGUUGAAGUUAAGAGGCCAUUAAAGGUUCCUGGCAAGUUACCAAUAGUAAAUCAGUUGACAAAAGGAAGACUUCGUAAUGAGAUUCCAGAAGAGGUUUAUGAAACUCUUCCACUACUCACAUGGAAAGUGUCAAAAUAUUACAACGAUAUUGGAACUGAUAUAUCUGAUGUUUUUUUCAACGAUAAAGAUCUGGAAAUUAAAACUGAUGAAUAUAAGGAUAAUGAAUCAAGUUCAAUUAAUAAGACAUAUCUUGAUGAAGAAAAUGAUGACCAAAAUAAAAAAGUGGCGAGAAGAAAAUCUUCAAUAAAGCGAAAGCAAACAAUAGCAGACACGGUUGAUCGAAAAUUGGAAAAAACUGAAUCCAAUGAAGUUAAAAAAGAUUCCAUUAAUAAGGAUAGUAUCUUAUCAUCUGCAAUGCUGUCUAGAGAAGCCGAAACCUUUAAAAGAUACGUACUGGUUAAUAAAGAUGAUGUCGCUGGAAUUCGUGCGGUGAAUCGUGUCAAAAAAUUCAUCUUUCAAGCCGUCGAUCCCAAUGACAGUAUACCAAAAAUAACCCCUGGAGAUUACAUAGAAAUUAUGUGUCAUAUUAAAGGACAAGUUGUUAUACGAUGUUAUAAUUUAUUUAAAUUAAAAUCUCCAAAAUGUUUCUACAUUAUAAUAAAGAUCUAUAAUGAAGGUCUUAUGUCCUCAUAUUUGGAUAUGUUAUUAGAUGGAUUUGAAAUAAAAGUACGUGGUCCAUUUAGAAUAGGUAGACGAAUCGAAGAGUUAAAUCCUAGACAAUCAGUUUCUAUGAAACCAAUUCAACCCAUUUCAUUAAUAAACACCGGCUCUGAUGAUGGUUGUUGGGAUACGUUGUUUAUGCUUUGUGGCGGAACUGGACUUUCACCUAUGUUACAACUGUACGCUAGUAUAACCGAUAAAGCAUCUAUUACUGAAAGUCCAAGAGGAUCUAUUGAAAUUGAAAGUACAAGUGUAGGGGAAACUUCAGCAUAUGCAAAUGAUAUUACUGUUCACGCUAGCAAGAUUGAAUAUAUGCGUGCUCUUAAGGCUGAUGAGUCGGGGUUUAAAUUUGUAUCAUGUGGGCCUUCAGAAAUGCUUGAUA